UGUAGUGGAGAGAUGUGCAGUGAUUCUGAAUAUUCAGCACUGCAUUGUGUUGAUUUUCUCUUUGACCAUCAUAUGUUGUGUUAGCUUAUACUUCUGACCGCCCCGUGGGCUGGGGCCUCUUCCUGGUCCCGUAGCACUGAGGCAGGGUGUGUCCACUGAGCUCAGGUGUGGUCCUGCUUUGUCAGACUCUCCCUGCAUCACCGCUGAACACACUCCAGUAGGAUUAUAUGCCACGAAGGCUGGUGUUGCCAGAUAGUGGAGGAACUGGUUUGUAUUUCGAGCAUAUUGAUGAGCCAUGGAGCGUCUGAAGUUAGUCCUGCAAUACUUCCAGUCCAACUCAGAGUCCAUUUCCAAUGGAGUCUGUAUCAUCCUGGCUUUGGUCAGUGUCAAACUGUACACUAGCUUCGACUUUAACUGCCCUUGCCUUCCCCAGUACAACAAGCUGUACUCCCUGGGAGUGAUGAUAGUUCCGCCCAUCAUACUCUUUUUCCUCGGUGUCCUGGUCAAUAGACAUACAGGCAUCAUGAUGGACGAGUGGCUGAGGCCCAUUGGAAACAGAUCCAAAAAUCCUGCUGUGGUGAAGUAUCUGUUCUCAGCCAUGUUACAGAGGGCCCUGCUUGCCCCGAUGGUGUGGAUUCUGGUCACACUGCUGGAUGGGAAGAUCUUUAUUUGUGCUUUCAGCAUGAGUGUGGACCCCACACUCUUCUCAGGUUUGCCAAACAAUACAGGUCUAGAUGUAAUGAGGAUCAUGGCCAAAGUGCCCUGCAAAGAGGACGUCAUCUUUACCAACAGCUCCUUCCGCAAAGCUGUCUCUCGCUACGUCCGCUGCUACUCACAAGCAGUUGGCUGGUCUAUUCUCCUCCUCCUAAUUGCACUGGGAGCAAUGGGACGUCUCACCAAACCCUGCUUUGAAGACCACGGCACUUUCCUUCAGACUCGCUACUGGAGCAACUACCUGGAUGUGGAGCAGAAGCUCUUCGAUGAAACCUGUGUCCUGCAUGCCCGUGACUUUGCCAGGAAGUGUGUGGUGCAGUUUUUUGAGAAUAUGAGGGAGGACACCAUCCUCCAUCUGCCCCACCCGUCAUUCUUUACCAACUGCAAAGAGGAGUGGGAGGAUGAAGAGGAGGAGAGGCUUCAUGGAGUGACAAAGGAGGAGCAGAUGAACCAGCUCCUCACAGAGUGGUUCGACUGUAAACCGGAACUGGAUGUGACCAGGAUUGCUCAUAGACCCACAAUGUGUGUUACCUGGGAAGAUCGUGAGGGAAGGACUCUGUAUUCUGAUGUGUAAGGUCCAUGUUCACCAGCUCUGUCUCUGAUCAGCCUGGAAAUUCCCCGCAGAACAAGUAAUUGAAUUUAAAUUGAGAAAAGUUGAAGCUUUGAAGAAAGUGUGUGCAGGUAAUUGGUAAACGGUAAAAUGGUUUCAUUAACUACUCAUAAUUAACUAGUCAAAAGCAGAAAAGUGAUAUUUAGGCUAAAGAGUUAGAUUGGUGCUUUUAUUUUGAAAGGCGUUUAGGGAAAUGUGUGUCCAAAAUUGCUCAACUGGAAAAAGGGCUCAUUAAGAAGUUAUAAAUAACUAGACAAAAGCAGAAAUUGAAAAAGUUUAGAUUAGUGCUUUUCUUCUGAAAGGAUGUGGAGAAGGUGUGUGGGCAAUUGCUGAACUGUAAAAUAGCCUUAUCAAUUAGCAGUCAUUAACCAGUCAGCUAAUAAAUUAAAUUAGUGCUCUUAUUUUGAAAGGAUUUACAGGAAGCUUGUGUGGGUAAUUGUUAAAUUGUAAAAUUGUCUCCAGUCAUAAUAAACCAGUAAUUACAUUAUUGUAAAAUAGACGCAUUACCGAUUCACAAUUAACCAUUCUAAAUCAGAAAUUAUUCUAUUAAAGCUAAAAAUUUGGUUUGGUGCUUUUAUUUUGAAAGGAUGCAGAGAUAUGUGUGCUUUAGAGCUAACCUGUUGAAUAGUCUCAUUACUUGUCACAAUUAACCAUUCAAAAGCAGAAUUUAUGCUAUUAAAGCUAAAAAUUUGGAUUGGUGCAUCUUCCGUAAUAAUCAUGGCUAAUCAGGGAAAAAACUGCAGUUCAUAGAUCUUAUUCAAGUACGGUUUGGUAAAGAGUCACUGUGUUUUUCAACUGAAUUGUCAGCCAAGGUAAGUGCAUUAUCAAAUAAAUGCGCCUGUCAGUGGGGAAGACAUCAACUCUAUUCAGUCACUGCUGCCGUCUCCUCCCCAGUUCACACACCUAAAGUGCCCUAACCGCUGCCAAUAAAUGCGUUUCCAGAUUGACUGGCGAUGCCGCACUGGUUCCUCUCAGUUACAGCAGCUGUUUGAAGCAGGGAAAAGCGAGUUAGCUGUCCUUGUCGAUGCCUUGACAAUGUUUUAUCGUCUGUAAACGAUCUGAACAGUUUUUAUAGUUUUACAAGGCGUAAUAUGACACUUACGUUUGAUGUGUUUUUUUCCAUGGAAAACGUAGAUGUUACAGAUGAUCUAGAUCUAGACCAGGGGAUCACCCAGUCUUGGCGACCCAUGCACUAAAUAUGAUACGAUGUUAUG